CGGAUAUAUUAGUAGCAGACGUGAUGCUGGUAAUAAUUUGAAUGAUAUUAAUGACGCAUCGCAUCGAUAGGUAGACAGGUAGAUCCCUUGCUUGGUGCGUUAAAGAUAUAAUAAAGGGACAAAAAUAAAGUGGUGUAGGGCGUUAGCGAGGGAACACCAACACCGUGCAACGGUGUUAGUAAGGAAACAACGCACCUCGGAACGCAGCGACGCGUGGUAAUAGGGGCAAAGACGACAGCACACGAGAGAGAGAGAGAGAGAGAGAGAGAGAGAGAGAGAGAGAGAGAGCUGUUACUAUGUGUUUCAGAACUGCGUUCGCGUGUCUAGCAGGCGGACAGCCGCGCCCAGGAAAAUGGAAGAGCGGUGAGCGUGUGAGGCAAAGCAGCUUCCAUGAGGAUGAACCUCUACGGCCGACGAUUGUGACCGAUGGCAGAGAACAGCCACCGGUUAGGACGAAGAUUGUGGAAGAGGACAUAGAGUGGCCUCCCUCGAGGCCAAAGACGACCAAGGUGGAUGAUCCCCCCCCUCCGCCGAAUGGGGAGAAGAAGCGGCCGGCAGGACCCGCGCCGCCGCCGGACCUCGACGACAGCCUGCUAUUUGACAGUAGAAGAUUCGCCAUGGAAGACAAUCCUGUCAUAGGAAUCGAUCUGGGGACCUCUUACUGCUGCGUCGCUGUCUUCCGCAACAUCGACAAGAUUGAAGUCAUUCCAAAUGCCCUGGGGCGCAGGUUAACGCCUUCCUACGUGGCAUUCGCAGGAGAGGACGGGUGUCUGGUGGGGGAUGUCGCCAAGAAACACGGCAUGACCAAUCCGGCGGAGUGCAUUUUCGAGGUCAAGCGGCUGAUGGGGCGAUCCUUCCGCGAUGCCACCGUUCAGGAGGACGCAAAGAAGUGGCCUUUCAAGGUGUCCUCGGGUCUGCACGGCGAAGUCGUUGUCAGCGUGCCGCAGGGACCGGGCAGGGCCAGCUCGAUGAAACCGGAAGACAUUUCGGCCAGGCUGCUGAGAACGAUGAAGCAGAUCGCGGAGGACUUCGCCGACUGUCCCAUAACCGAUGCGGUGAUCACUGUACCGGCGUACUUCAAUCACAGUCAGAGAAAGGCGACUAUGGCGGCCGGAGUCAGCGCAGGACUGAAGGUGCUGCGACUUAUGAGCGAGCCGACGGCCGCCGCACUGGCGUACAGUUAUCAGCAGUUGAUCCGGAAGGAGGCGAUGGGGAGGACGGUCCUGGUGUUCGACCUGGGGGGGGGUACCUUUGACGUGUCCAUUGUCACCAUAGAUGCCGUGCGACGUGGACAGUGCAGCUUCGUAGUGAAUGCAGUGGCCGGAGAUUCCCAUCUGGGAGGCGCGGACAUCGACAGACGCCUGCUCCGCCAUGUCGCCAAGCAGUUCAAGAAGCAGCUUCGCGGGGAAGAUGUCCUAGGCGACCCUAUGAUUUUCCCCUUGCUUAAUCAAGCGGUGGUGGAUGCCAAACACGUUCUGUCUUCUGCCAUGGAGGCAGAUAUCAAUUUGGACUACCACGACCGGGUCCUCAGCUUGAAAUUGGGCCGUGCCGAGUUUGAGUCCCUGAAUCAGGACCUGUUCGACAGGUGCAUGACGAUCGUCGAACAAGCGCUUAAGGAUGCGAAGAUCAGCAAGCAUGAGGUCUCAGAUGUGGUCCUUGCGGGGGGGUCCACGAAGAUUCCCAGGGUGCGAGAGAUGCUGACGGCCUUCUUUGGCAAGGAGCCCAUCAAGUCUGUCAAUGCCGAGGAGGCUGUCGCAUUUGGAGCCGCAUUGCAGGCGGGCUUGCUGGCCAGAAGCGACCGGUCGGCGGAGGCCAGGAGGGUGUCGGUCCGCGAUGUUACCUCUCUGAGCAUCGGAGUGGACACGACCAAGUUCGGCAUCAUGCGUGUCGUCAUCCCCAGAAACUCCCCCCUUCCUGCCAGUGGAAGUACCACGUAUGCGCUGCUGGAUAACCAGGAGUCCUUGACCGCGGCGCUGUAUGAAGGGGAGCGUGCUCUGUGCGCGUAUAACAGGUUCCUGGGCGAACUGACUCUGGAGGGGUUCACUCCUGGUCCAGCGACGGACCAGCCUGCCGUGAAGAUCGUGCUCACACUCGAUGUUCACGGCAUUCUCCAUGCCACGGCGGAGGUACUCGCGAAACAUAGGGACAUUGGGAGGAAGGUGGAGGCCACUGUGACACUCGAUACCGAUGUUGCACACUCUCUGGCCUUUGGGGCGGAGGCCACCGAUUGCUACACGCCAGAAGCGAAAGCGGAGGACGCGAGGAUCUGGGCAGCGAAAGAGUCCAUGGACAGACUAAGGAACCUGAUCGGAGGCUUGAGGAAGCAGCAUUCGUCGUCGAACAAGUCGAGCCCUGCUAAUCUCGAGCGAUGUCUGACCGAGGCCUGGGCGUGGUACACCGGCCUGCAGGAGAUGGCAUCGAAGGAGGAGUACGAUAAGAAAUAUGAAGAAGUUAAACUCCUCACGGGCGGGUAGACAGACUGCACAACCUACCGGUAUAUAUUCUUUGGACAAGUGUCACACUAAGCUCGACGACGAGCGGUGUCUGGCCCGAGGCCUGGGCGUGUGAUGGAACGAGCGGUGUCUGGCCCGAGGCCUGGGCGUGUGAUGGAACGAGAGGUGUCUGGCCCGAGGCCUGGGCGUGUGGUGGAACGACCGGUGUCUGGCCCGAGGCCUGGGCGUGGUAGAGCGGCCUGCGGGAGAUGGCACGGAAAGAGGAGUAUGAUCAGAAAUAUGAAGAAGAAGUUAAAAGUCCUCGCAGGCGUGCAGUCAGUGCUGCUUUCAGAGACACUUCCUGCAGUCCAACUGUGUUGUUGUCUAUAGAGUAGUGUCGAUCGGUCUGUUAUCACAGGCCAGACCAGGAUUAUCCCCACUAGCCGCAUUACUUGUAUAGCUUACAAAAGGCAGCAGAGUAGGAGACUCAGUGCAAUAAUGAGAGAAAUACAAAGAAGUUUUUAACUCUUGCCGGUGGCUAGUCAGUGUUUUAUAGCUCUCGCCGGUGGCUUGUCAGUGGUUUUGAACUCUCGCCGGUGGCUAGUCAGUGCUUUUUAACUCUCGCCGAUGGCUAGUCAGUGUUUUUUUUUUUUGUUUUUUUUUAGUCAGUGUUUUUAAACUCUCGCCCGUGGCUAGUCAGUGUGUUUUUUAACUCUUGCCGGUGGCUAGUCAGUGUUUGAACUCUCGCCGGUGGCUAGUCGGUGCUCCUUUCGGAGGCUUUCUGCUGUGCAGCUGUUGCCUCAAGAAUGUUCCUGCCCUGCGGCUGUUGUCUAUAGCUAUAGAGUGCAGUCUAUCCGUCUAUUAUCACAGGCAACACCAGGUAGGAUUAUCCCUAUUAGUCUCAUUUAAUACUUGUAUGGUGUAGAAAAGGCAGGAGAGUAGGAGUGCAAUAUUGACAAGUACAACGAAGUUUUAACUGUCGGCAGUGGCUAGUCAGUGUUCCCUUCAGAGGCUGUCUGCCGUGCAGCUGUUGUAUAUAGAGAAGGAUCGUUGUCCUUGAAAGUUGUGUUACUGCAGGCCACACCAGGAUUGCCCCUAGCCACUUUUUUGUUUUUCCUUUUUUGUCCCUAGCCACAUUACUUUAUGACGUAGACAAAUUGGGCCCUAGCGGUUUAGACCAUGUUUCCAACUGGAGCGAACUUUUUUUCUUUUUUUCUUUUUUUCCCCCAAACAUAAUAAAGAGUGAAGCACUGA